CGCAGCACUGCAGUUGUUCCCAUCAGGCAGUGCGACAUGAUAACAAGCUCAGAAAUCGUGGUCAUGAGACAAAACAGCGCUUCUAAGAAAAUUAUAAAAUAAAGGAUCAGGGAAAGUUGAUGAAGAUUUCAUUAUUAAGUAAGCAUGGGUCAUCGCAUUAAUGACAUUAUGAAGCUAUGCUGCGAGUUAUCUGCCAAUCAGCAGAUUAAGUGCACAGUGACGGGCUCUGGUAAGGGAGCCGCAGCAGCCGGGGGUCUGGCCUUUGCAGGCGGCUUGGUUGGAGGACCUCUUGGUAUUGCAGUGGGUGGAGCGGUGGGAGGCCUCCUUGGCUGCUGGCUGACCAGUGGACAGUUCAAACCGCUGCCUCAGAUCAUAAUGGAGCUCAACCCUGAGCAGCAGAAUAAGCUUUAUGAGGAUCUCAUAGCCAUCAUGGGAGACAUUCAGUGGACAGACGUGGCUCAGCUAACAGCUCUGGUGAUGGGUAAUGCCACGCUGAAGCAGCAGCUUACCGCUGCUCUUCUCAGCUAUGUCACCAAGGAGCUCCAGGCAGAGGUGCACUACGUGGACUAGUGUCUGCUUCACGACUAAGUAAUGAGCCUCAAGGGGUCAAGUGCUCAGGAGAAUGGAGUCUUAAGAGAAAAACUGAACUGCUUUUCUGAGCCUGUGAUCCAGUUUUCUCCUGAAAAAUGUAAAGGGAGUUUUAUGGUCUCUUCAAAAACUGACACAAAUCCCGAAGUUUUCAUCAAAUGUCUUUUUUUUUUUAAUUUUUAUCAGAGUACCACAGGGAUACACUACAACAGCCCCUACAACCUCUGAUCAUGAUAGCUUGUUUAAGGGGAUGGAGUCUGCAUCUGUACUCUAAGCUUUGUGCCCCCCACUUCUGAAAUGCAAGAUGUGAAGUGGGGUCCGCAUAAAGAUGUGGAGACUGGACAUAUCUACUCCAAUUGUGUUUGCAAAGUCAUAGUGUCCCGCAAAUCUAAACUGCUUAAUGAAACAUACAAUUUUCACAUCUAGGAACCCCUAAAAAAAAAGUUGUUUUAUCGCAAGAGUCCUUGUUGGCAAUCACUUCAGAAACUCAAUCAUAUGUUUGCAAGCACAAUCGUCCCCUUUAAUAAGGGAGCUGUAUGUCUUUACUCACAAAGGAAGUGCACUUUUCAGUUGUAGGAAUUAUUUUGUCUUUUAAUGCAUUAAUAAGAUGACAUUUGCAAUGAAAGUUAAUUUAUUUAACACCUGAUUGAGUGGUGCAGCUACAGAAAAGUGUAAUUGCAUCUUAGUCUACAGUCACAUUUACAUCAAUACAAUUGUGGACUGAAUGAGCCAAAUUGCUAUUGUAUGUUGUGAUGUAAAUUAAGUAUCAGCCUGUGUUGCAUUGCUGUGCGACUUUGUGUGGAGUACAUUGUAAUAAAUAAAUACAUAAAAG